AUGAAGUUUUCCGCAUCGAUAUUGGCAACAGCCCUCCCGCUCGCGGCGGCCGUCCCGGCGACCGUUAGGAGACAAACCAACACCACGGCAGCCUACAAGCCGAAGGUCAUUCUUGAUAAUGACUGGAGUCCGGCAGGUUUCAUUCCCUUCCUCCAGGCUCUCGACGCCGGCUGGGAAGUGCUCGGCCUCGCCUCCGACACGGCCAACAGUUGGGCGCUGCAGACUGGUCUCCACGGACUGGCAACGCUGGAGGUCGGCAACCUCUCCAACUGCAUUCCCGUUUACAAGGGUGCGGAUUGGCCGCUCAUCCACACUCCUGAGCGCUACCAAGCAUGGAAGGCCGUGCACGGUGCUCUUCCCUGGGAGGGUGCCUUCGCAGCGGAGAACCUGACGGCCGAGGCGCUGGGCUCGGACCCUACGUCGGGCAACCCAAAGCGCAUCUCGCGGGCGGCCUUCACCGAGGGCUUCCCCAACGCGACGUUCGCGACCGACACCAACGCGGCCUACUUCAUGGUGCAGCAGGUGCGCAAGUACCCGGGCCAGGUGAGCAUCUACUCGGGCGGCGCGCUGACCAACGUCGCCCUGGCGGUGCGCAUGGACCCGGAGUUCGCCAGCCUGGCCAAGGAGCUGGUCAUCAUGGGCGGCUACGUCGACGUCAAUCUGCUGCAGGUGACGGGCAGCGUGUUGCAGGCGGAUCUGAGCUCGGAUAUUAACCUCAUGAUCGACCCCGAGGCGGCCAAGAUCGCCCUGACGGCGGAUUUCCCGAACAUCACCAUUGGUGGAAACGUGGCCAAUCAGGUCAUGUCGACUCAGGAUUUCCUGGACGAGGUGUACGAGGUCAAGAACCCGUACUCGGAGCUUAUGCACAAGUACUAUGGCACCGAGUUUCCCUUUUGGGAUGAGACGGCCGCGGCUAUCAUGCUCGACCCCUCCAUCGUGACCAACAGCACCCAGUUCUACCUCGACGUGGAUGUGUCCUACGGCAGCCCCAGCUACGGCAACAUUCACGGCUACCAGAAGGCGCUGUCUCCCCCCAACGUGCGCCUCGUCAACUUCCCCAUUUCUAUCGAUGGGGACAAGCUCAAGAGCGCCAUCAAGCGCGCGGUGCAAUACCCCAAGUCAUGCGCGGACUUGCAGUAA